GACUCUGCGUUUACGUGUCCACGGCCUCCCGACAGGCUCUGCGCGAUUUACGCGCCAGCUUCGGCCUCAGCCAGCGAGCGGCGGAAUCGCAGCAGAAGAUGGAGAGCAGCGACGGGGAAGACGUCAUGAAGCACCGCGUCCACCUGCGCCCUAUCAGCCUGCGCGACGCUGACCCCGUCACUCUGCACCUUCUGCCCUGUGAGGUUCCGGUUAACCGGUCCGCCCCUGUGGAGCGCUUCUUUACCCCGGCCAUCCGCCAGGGUCCGGAUGGACUCGAAGUGUCGUUUCGGGGCCGCAGUCUACGGGGCGAGGAGGUGGAGGUGCCGCUCGACCUCGUGGGAUACGUGAUGGUGAUGGAAGAGAAGGGAGAGGUAUUGGGGAAACACAACUUCUCAAAGGGUUCAAAGAAUGAAGAGGAGCUGGUGGAACCCCCAGAGGCGCUGGAGAGGGACUUUGACCGCUCCAUCGGAGCCUCUGCCAGUUUCAGCCGCUUCACCAUAUGGGGCCUGGAGACCAUCCCUGGCCCCGAUGCCAAAGUACGUGCGGCCCUAACCUGGCCCAGCCUUGCUGAAGCCAUUCAUGCACCCGUGCCAGAGGACUGAGAACCAGACCUUGAAAUUGAAAGCAACUGAUCCUUUCACCCCAGUAAACCAGCUCUUCACUUUGGAGCCACUGAUUCCAUCACCCCAAUAAACAAGUUCUUCACAGCA